CUCGUGUAGGCUUAAGAAACGGAAAGCAUUUUUGAAAAGGAAGCUCUCUCUCUCUCCUCGUCAAAACCAUUCCAAAACCCUGUAUAUUUCAGCAAAAUCAUGCAAUCUUCGUCCCUAUCAAAACCCUCCAAAUCCAAAGAAGAAGGGAAGGAAGAGACUACAUUCAUAGACGGAGUAAAAGAAGACCUCUCUCACCUUGCAAAAACCAUCACUUGCCAGCUAUGGGCCGUUGCUUCACUGAUCGCUCCAUCCCCUGCUGUGGGCCCCACGUACUCUCUGAUUUUUACUGGCAUUCACAACGAUUUCGAGGAUAUUGGAAGCAGCUUCAAGACGGGAAUCUCUCGCCUUGCAUCCUCCUUCCUGUGGUUUCGUCCCGCGAUGAGGCGGAUGAUUGCGACGGAGUCGGAAUCACUUCUGCGGCCUUUAAUUUCGUAAGGGAUGUGUCCAAACGGGCAGAGUCUUGGUUGAAUUUUCCAUUGCCAUUCGAUGACGACAAUUGUAGAAGCAAUAAGUCUACUGCAGCAUCAGCAGCAGUGACAAAUCAGUACCAAUACACAGUUACAGAGCUCCAAGGAUGAUUGUUCUUUCCUGGACGUGAACAGCAUAAGUAGUAGCAUUCAAGAACAUUAUGGCAGUGUUCAUGUAAAGCAGGUUUCAGUCAAUACUGUCAAUGCUAAAGAACUGUACAACAUCAUUAAGUGGUAAGGAGAAAAUGGCAAGGUCGACACCUCUAUCAAUGACAGAAAGCAGCUCAGCAAUGGGGAGAAUGUUUCUUUUGUUCAUCUUGAUGAUGAUGAUGAGAAUGGAUUUAUUAGGCAUGAUUGUUCGAGGUCA